GGUUGGUAAAGGCCAACAUGGAGAAGCUGACUUUUUAUGCUCUGUCAGCUCCAGAGAAGUUGGAUCGUAUCGGGGCGUACCUGUCUGAGAGAUUGUCUCGUGACGUAGCUAGACACCGUUAUGGGUAUGUGUGUAUUGCGAUGGAAGCCCUCGACCAGCUGCUAAUGGCCUGCCACUGUCAGAGUAUCAACCUGUUCGUGGAGAGUUUCCUGAAGAUGGUGCGGAAACUCCUGGAGGCUGACAAGCCCAACCUGCAAAUCCUGGGAACAAACUCG